AUGAGUUCGACGGACGCAAACGAGAGACCGCACGCCGUGUGUGUCCCAUUCCCAGCACAAGGCCACAUAAACCCAAUGCUGAAACUAGCAAAACUCCUUCACUUCAAUGGCUUUUACAUCACCUUUGUCAACACCCACUAUAACCACAAACGCCUUCUCAAAAGCCGAGGCAUGGACUCCCUCAACGGGCUUCCCUCGUUCCGCUUCGAAACCAUCCCCGACGGGCUUCCCGAGCCCGAAGUUGAAGGCACACACCACGUGCCUUCGCUGUGCGACUCAACCAGCACCACUUGCUUGCCUCACUUCAGAAACCUCCUUUCAAAACUGAACAACGAAUCCAGUGUCCCCGCUGUCUCUUGCAUCAUUUCUGACGGCGUCAUGAGCUUCACUUUGGAUGCUUCACAGGAAUUAGGUCUGCCAAACGUGUUAUUUUGGACCAGUAGCGCAUGUGGGUUCAUGUGCUACGUGCAUUACCAUCAACUUAUUCAACGAGGAAUUGUGCCAUUCAAAGAUACGAGUGAUCUCACAAACGGAUAUCUUGAUACUACAAUCGAUUGGGUGGCAGGCAUUAAAGAGAUUCGAUUGAAGGAUAUUCCGUCCUUCAUUAGAACCACAGAUCCAGAAGAUAUUAUGCUUAAUUUCGCUCGUGACGAGUGUAUAAGAGCUGAGAAAGCUUCUGCAAUAAUUUUGAACACAUUUGAUGCCUUAGAGCACGAUGUUUUGGAAGCAUUCUCAUCCAUUUUGCCUCCUGUGUAUUCCAUUGGUCCCUUAAGUUCUCUGUUGAACAAUGUUAGUGAUAAGAGGUUGAACGCAAUAGGGUCCAACCUAUGGAGGGAGGAGCCAGGGUCUCUGGAAUGGCUUGAUACUAAAGAAGCCAACACAGUGGUUUAUGUGAACUUUGGAAGCGUGACAGUUAUGACAAAUGAGCAAAUGAUUGAGUUUGCAUGGGGACUGGCAAACAGCAACAAAAGCUUUGUGUGGGUUAUAAGACCAGAUCUUGUGGUUGGUGAAAGAGCUGUUCUACCUCCAGAGUUUGUUACACAAACUAAGAACAGAGGUCUGUUAUCUGGUUGGUGUCCCCAAGAGGAAGUGUUGGGUCACCCAGCAAUUGGAGUGUUCCUGACUCACAGCGGUUGGAACUCAACGUUGGAAAGUUUAUGUGCUGGUGUUCCAAUGAUAUGUUGGCCUUUCUUUGCGGAGCAACAAACAAAUUGUAGGUUUUGUUGCAAGGAAUGGGGGAUUGGGGUGGAGAUUGAAGAUGUUGAGAGGGACCAAAUUGAGAGGCUUGUCAGAGAGAUGAUGGAUGGUGAAAAGGGUAAAGACAUGAAAAGGAAAGCUGUAGAUUGGAAAAUAUUGGCCAAAAAGGCUGCUUCUGGUCCCAGUGGUUCUUCGUUUCUUCAGUUUCACAAAUUGAUCCGUGAAGUUCUUAAGGGCAAAAAUGAAAUGACAAUUAUUUAGAAAGCGGUGAUGAUGGGUGAUAUGUAUUCAUUAUGAAAAUGAAUUCCUUAGUUUUAGGUUUCCAUUUGAGUCCUGUGGACACUUUCAGUAAUUGUCCCUCUAAAAUUUCGUUUAUUUGUUUCCAAAUAA